GUGGUGCGUGAUUCGAAAAGCUCUCCCACUCAAAAGUCGAAAUUUCAGACGAUUUAUGUAAAUAAAAGAACUCCAUCUUCAUGGAAAGAUAAAUAUAGAAAGAGAUGUUUUGACAACUUGAAAAAAAACAGGACAAAAUUGAUUGCAAAGUUCCGAAAUCUUGGCAAUGCUGACUCAAGUUCUGUGGAAAAGAUUAUGGCCGAGGAAUACCUACAACUGCAGGAUGAAGUGGAUGGAUUACCUCAGCUUGUCCUCAUGGAUGAUGACGGCUUCAGGUUUUUUGAUGGAGAACAGACAGAAUUAGAGCAAAUGCUCUCUGUAUUUGAUGAAAUUCAACAAGAAUUAAAAAUAGAGGAAAACCAGAUAGUUGAAGAGUAUGAGAAACUACUUGAUCAUGAGGAGAGAGAUCUCUGCUCUCGCGUGGAACAGCUUCAUACGGAUGAAGUUAUAUGUCCUUUAUGUAAAAAGCAUCCUUUGAUGGAAAACAAGACUGUGAUAUUCUGCAAAUGUGAUUUCAGGAUCAAUGUUGAGGCUGAUGCACUGACAAUACGCGAUAUAAAGACAAGCCUUGAUGAGGGUCAGAGUAUGCAUGAAGCCAACUGUGCUGCUGAACCUGAAUUCUCCCAAGUUACUGAAUUGGCUGGUAUAGACAAUAUUGUCAUGACAUGUCAGGCCUGUGAUUUCAUGCACAUUGUAAUCUGAAGUAUAACAGGAGAAGGACCAUGAGACAUGGUAGGACAAUAGGUCUCCACAUAGUCGUUCAUUCACUGGGACUUUGGCUGACAAUACCAAAUCCGUUGGGUUCAAUUGAAAGGGAGACGUGAAAGUGAUGGACUUGGGGAAAACAUGAACUGUUCAAAUGCUAGUCACAGAGACAUUUGCUUCAGUCUGCAAGGACAACUAUAUGAACACUGAAGGAUCAUUGUCUUAAAAUAACUGUCCUCAUUAAAGAGACAGUUUAUAUUCGUGUUUUUGGGUUUUAAGUUAAUAAGUCACCUGAGAUAAGCCCUCUUUGCCCCUUCUGUGAUCUUGAAGAUCAUUGCACUAUUUAUUACGGGCAAAAAGCCUUUUACAUUACACGAGUUCAUUUUGAUGUUGCUUGUCAAGAUCAUGAAGUUACUUUUGAUGAAAAGUGUGACCGACUUGUAUUUCAAUUGUUUGAAAUACAUGGGUUCACAGGGUUCAGGAAAACUUCCCAGGUGACAGGGAUCACUAUUUCCUCUUGUCAGAUUUAUCCCUUAUCAAUGAAAUCCAGGCAUUUUUCAUCAACCAUGGCUCUUUUUCAAAAUCUGGAAUGGUUAUGUAGGAAGGGUUUAGAUGGAGGAAUUUCGUCUUUUCCUCACAAGGACUGUGCAUCACUUUAAAAGAUUAUAUACUUUAUUGUUUCGUUCUUUUUUGUACAUUUUGUAAAUAAACAUAACUAAAGCU